GGGAAAGAGUAUUGAACCGUAUUGUGAAGAGAAGAGUGAUUUGAUGUGUUAUCACAAAACCGCCUUUGGACUAUGUUCUGUUGCUCAGUUUACUACAAGUUUACCUCCACCUGAGCAAUAUUUCAGAGGUAUUCCUAAUCAAGGCGGGAGUAGUACACUGGUGGACAGAUGUCCAAUGGUUCAGGUUAGUGCAUUCAAUGUCUAA